UUCACAACACAACACACUCAAAAGAAAGAAAAAUAAAAUGGAGGUAAUGGAUAUUCUAUUACUUGGCUUAGUAAUUCUUUUUUUAUUUGUAUGGUGGAAAUAUUGGUCAAUCACUGGUGGUGGAAAAAAAAAUUUGCCACCAGGUCCCCCUGGUUGGCCAUUGGUUGGAAAUCUUUUCCAAGUUAUUCUCCAACGUCGUCCUUUUAUUUACGUAGUACGUGAUUUACGUAAAAAAUAUGGACCUAUUUUCACCAUGCAAAUGGGGCAACGUACCCUCGUUAUAAUUACUAGUUCCGAACUAAUCCACGAAGCAUUAGUUCAAAACGGCCCGCUUUUUGCGAGCCGUCCUCCGGAUUCACCGAUCCGUUUGAUAUUUUCCGUGGGAAAGUGCGCCAUCAACUCGGCCGAGUAUGGCCCGUUGUGGCGCGCUCUCCGACGGAAUUUUGUUACGGAGUUGAUUAAUCCAACGAGGAUUAAGCAGUGUAGUUGGAUAAGGAAAUGGGCAAUGGAAUAUCACAUGAAAAGGCUUGAAAAUGAGGUUUCUGAGAAUGGAUUUGUGGAAGUGAUGGCGAAUUGUAGAUUUACGAUAUGUAGCAUUCUCAUUUGUCUUUGUUUUGGAGCUAAAAUUUCUGAAGAGAGAAAUAAAAAGAUUGAGAGUAUACUUAAAGAUGUUAUGCUUAUUACAGCUCCUCAACUUCCUGACUUUUUGCCAGUGCUCACACCGUUGUUUCGCAGCCAAGUGAAACAGGCAAAAAAAUUGAGGCAGACUCAACUUGAGUACCUAAUUCCUUUGGUACGAGACAGAAAGGCAUUUGUGGACAGCAAUGGAGAUCCUAAAAGCAGUGAAUCAGAAAUGGUAAGUCCAAUUGGUGCAGCUUAUGUUGAUUCAUUAUUUAGUCUUGAGCCACCUGGCAGAAAACUUGGAGAAGCAGAGAUUAUCACACUUGUUUCAGAAACAAUAGGUGCAGGAACUGAUACUAGUGCCACAGCACUUGAAUGGGCUUUGCUUCACUUAGUAAUGAACCAAGAAAUCCAAGAAAAACUCUACAAAGAAAUAGUUGAUUGUGUUGGUAAAAAUGGUUCAAUUUCAGAAAGUGAUGUUGAAAAAUUGCCUUAUCUUGGAGCCAUUGUGAAGGAGACUUUUAGAAGGCAUCCACCUAGCCAUUUUGUUUUGUCACAUUCUGUAACAAAUGAUACACAAUUAGGUGGCUACAAUAUCCCUUCUGAUGCCUAUGUUGAAUUUUACACCGCCUGGUUAACGGAGGAUCCUAGCUUAUGGAAAGACCCGGGUGAGUUUCGACCCGAAAGGUUUUUGACUGGGGACGGAGUUGACGUGGAUUUAACCGGAAUGAGGGGUGUCAAGAUGCUACCGUUCGGGGCGGGUCGUCGGAUCUGCCCCGCUUGGUCAUUGGGUACGUUGCACAUUAAUUUGAUGCUUGCUAAGAUGGUUCAUAAAUUCAAGUGGAUACCCAUACCCGACAACCCGCCCGACCCGACAGAGACCUUUGCUUUUACCGUAGUGAUGAAAAAUCCCCUCAAAGCAAUUAUUUUGCCAAGGAUCUAAAUCAAAAUUUGAGGGAAUUAAUUAAUUAAUUGGAUCGUGGUUAAUUAUAUUCCUUCCACAUGUGUGUUCAAGUGGUGUACGUGCGAUGUAUUAUAUAAGGUCUUAGGUGGCUUCUUUUUAAUGUUAUACAAAUUACUAUGGAUAAUGUUUCUUCACUAAUUUGCUUUUGUUGGAUGUAAUGUGGGUUGUGGAUGUAUUAAUGAUGAAAAUUUUAUCUAUAUAUAUGUUCACUUGGUGACAUGAAAUUAAUAUA